AUGAAAUAUACUUUUUUUUUAUUUUUUGCACUAUUUUUUUUUAUUUCUUCUAUUGAUGGUUUAGGAUUAGGGAGAAAACAAACAGCAGGUGCAAAGGGUAAAUUAGUUUGUGAUGGUAAACCAGCUUCAGGAAUACUUGUGAAACUUUAUGAUGAUGAUCGAGGAAUUGAUGCUGAUGAUCUUAUGGCAAAAGGAAAAACUGAUGGAUCAGGAUUUUUUGAACUUUCUGGAUAUACACAUGAAAUUGGAACAAUUGAUCCUAAAGUAAAUAUUUAUCAUGAUUGUAAUGAUGGUUUUAUGCCAUGUCAAAGAAAAUUUACAAUUUAUAUUCCUGAUGACUAUGUUUAUUCUGGUGAACAUCCAACAAAAUACUAUGAUAUGGGUACCUUGGAAUUAUCAGGUAAAUUGAAAGGAGAAGAACGUGAUUGUAUUCAUAAAAUCUAA